AUGGCUUCUUCGAAUCCAGGAUUUAAUUCUCUUGCCUCCUGGGUCGUGUUUUUCCUGCUCCCGUGGACCUUUUCUGAAGGCGGAAAGCUUUUGGUUGUACCUAUCGAUGGCAGCCACUGGCUCAGCAUGCGCCCGGUUGUGGAGCGGCUCAGACAGAGGGGACACGAAAUGGUGGUGGUUGCGCCAGAGAUAAACUUGCGGAUAGACUCGUCGGUGCAUUGCACCAUGAAAACAUACUCUGUGCCUUACACCAAGGCGUAUGUGGAGGCAGAAUUUAAAAAGCUGGGGUACAGCAGUUUCACACCUCAACCCUUCUUGGAAAAAUUGUCCAAAAUGGCAAAUAUUACAACCAUGUUCUUUGAAUCCUGCAAACGUCUUCUGUCUAACAAAGAGCUGAUCGAAUACCUGGAAGAAAGCAAAUUUGAUGCUGUCUUUAUGGAUCCUUAUUUUCCAUGUGGACAAAUAGUGGCCGAACAUCUCUCCCUACCUUCUGUGUACUUUGUACGGGGACUGCCGUGCAGCCUAGACUUCCACGCUACCCUCUGCCCAAAUCCUCCUUCUUACGUUCCUAGGUUCUUCACUCGCUACACGGACCGCAUGGCCUUCCUCCAGCGCGCAGGCAAUCUCAUAGCUAGCCUGAGCAGUUCCCUGGCUUGCAGCUUUCUUUAUGCACCAUAUGAGCGUUUGAUCAAAGAAUUCCUCCAUCAAGAGGCCACAGUGCUCCAGCUCUUUAGCCAUGCGUCUAUCUGGCUCAUGAAAUACGACUUUGUGUUCGAGUAUCCCAGGCCCCUAAUGCCUAACAUGGUCUUGAUUGGAGGCAUAAGCUGCGCUCAGGAAAAAACAUUAUCACAGGAAUUUGAAGCUAUUGUGAAUGCCUCUGGGGAACAUGGCAUUGUUGUCUUCUCGCUGGGCUCCAUGGUCUCCGACAUUCCUAUGAAGAAAGCCAUAGAAAUCGCCGAUGCCCUGGGAUCAGUCCCUCAAACGGUUGUGUGGCGGUACACGGGAGAGGUGCCCCCCAAUCUGCCCAAGAAUGUAAAGCUCGUCAAGUGGCUGCCACAGAAUGAUCUUCUAGCUCACCCUAACACUCGUGCCUUUAUUACCCACGGCGGCUCACACGGUAUUUACGAGGGCAUAUGCAAUGCGGUGCCAAUGGUACUGAUGCCUUUAUUUGGAGACCAGAUGGACAACGCCAAGCGAGUGGAGUCACGGGGAGCGGGACUGACGCUGAAUAUACUUGAGAUGACUUCACAGGACAUAUCCACGGCCCUGAAAGCAGUUAUUAACGAUAAAAAAUAUAAAGAGAAUAUCCAGCGUCUCUCAGACCUUCACCUCGACAGACCCAUCCACCCCCUGGACCUGGCCGUGCACUGGGUGGAGUUCGUGAUGAGACACAAGGGGGCCCCACACCUGCGACCUGCUGCUCACGACUUGAACUGGAUCCAGUACCACUCCCUGGACGUCUUCGCCUUCCUCCUCGCCGUGGUGCUCCUCUCUCUCUUCAUUUCUGUGAAGUGCUGCCUGUUCUGCUGCCGCAGGUGCUGCUUUAAGAAGGGAAGAACAAGAAAGCCAGCCAAAUCAAAGUCCCAGUAGCAGAUGAAAGCAGAGAAGGCCUCUGCUCUAGACCAGAAGAUCAGAGAACACGUUAAAUUUCACUAAAAUAAUUGCUGACUUUCAGUCAAGAAAUCAUAACGUUCCUUUAAACUAGCACUGUGAUGGAGGUGGUUUCACCAAUAUAAUUUUUGCCUUUAAUUAAGAAUCAGUUGUUGAAAAUCAUUUGUAUAGGAGUGCUUCAGUCACUUGGGAAGAUAUUAGUGGAAAGCCCAAGGCUCCUGGCUUCCACAUCUUGGUGUAGAGAGAACUCAGGGUGACAUAUUUUUUUUUAACCUCUAUAUGCAAUGG